AACAGUUAAAGCAAAGUAUAAUGAUUGAUACUUUGCAAGAUGAAAUUUCUGAAAAUCACAAGCUUUUAGAAAAUAUCAAAAAUGUUCUCACAACAUUUGCAUCAGGAUCAUUGACUAUGAUAAAUGAAAAACAGCCAAAACAAUGA